AUGUAUGCAUCGCAAUGGUUUUUAACGUUAUUCGCAGCCAAAUUUCCAUUACAUCUUGUUUUUCGAAUUAUGGAUUUAUUUUUGUAUGAAGGUUCUAAUGCAUUACUUGCUGUUGCACUUGCCCUAUUAAAACGUGCUCAAAAAUAUUUAAUUAUCUUAGAUUUUGAAGGUAUCAUGCGAUAUUUUCGUGUUACUUUACCGAAAAAAUAUCGAUAUGAAAAACAGGCAGAUGAGUUAAUACACGCAGCAUAUUCAGUGAGGAUCAACGACAAAAAGUUGAAACAUUAUGAGAAAGAAUACUACGAAAUGAAAGCAGCCAAUGACGAAAGUGAUGAAUUAUUAAAUAGAUUUAAGUCUGAUGAUCAUAUAGAAACGUUGACACGUGAAUUAAAUGCAACGCGAACAAUGGUGAGAGAUAGUGAACUAGAUACGAUACGAUUGAAUGAAGAAAUAGAAAAUAGCGAUUCACAGUUGAAUGAUGAAUUAGAAAAACAAACAAAUAUUCACACUGCAAAAGUUGAGAAUAUGCAAAAUCGCUUAGAUCAUUAUUGUGAUUCGUGCAAACUCUUGUUAGUAAACGAUAACACUCAUAAGAGCUCCUUAGCUUCAAUACCAUCAUCUUUAUCACAACACAAUGCACUUUCGUCAUCGAACAACUCGAUUACGACAUCCGAUCACUCUAGCUCUACAGCUGAUCAUGAGCGAAGAUUAAGUCAAGUUGAAGUUGAAUUAGCUGAAGCACUACGUGAAAAUCAACAAUUGAUUCACCAGUUACAAACACUUGCCGAACAAAAAUAUGUUGACUAUAACAGUAUUUCAUCCAAUAUUCGUCGCCAACCACAACAACCAAACUUAUCGGUGAACAAUUGGCUGAAUAAAACGGUAAACACGAUUAAAGCAGCAACGCGACCGCCUAGUGGAUCGCUUAGGAAACAUUAG